CAAGGUUUUGAGGAUUUAUUUAAUGAGGAAUGGCAAUAUGUGACCCAAGAGAGGAGGAAGCUCAAGUGCUAAGAUCAAUUUUCGAUGAAGAAGAAUUGAAGAUAUCAGACGAUUAUAAUUUGGAAUACAAGGUAGGUGAGGCAGGAACGACUUCUUCAUUUAUUGUACAAGUUUACUGGCCUGAAGGAUAUCCUGACGUUUUACCUUGUAUCUCUAUGGAUUCUUUUUAUAAUCACCAUAUCCCAUUAAAUGUUAAAGAGGAAAUAACUGAAGAAUUAGUGUCUGUGGCUAAAGAUCAACUUGGCUCAGCUCUAACAUUUACUUUAAUUGAGUACUUAAAGGAAAACUAUGAGCGAUUUACUAAAUCCUUUGCAGUUGAUAAAGUAGAUACAUCACAAAACAAUUCGUUCUCAAGUAAAACCCCACCGGUUCCUUUGAUUCGGGAACCAGUUGAGUGCAGUGUUCAAGAAUAUUAAGCAGUAGUGUGAUGUGCCACUGACAUCGAUAGAUAUAAGUAGUAUGUAUCACCAUUCAAAAGUGGAAUGCCGGGUGGCAGAAAGUUAAGAUCAAAGAAAAGACAGUGAGAACAAAAAUGAUUGGCAUAGAAACGAAGGAACAAUGAAGUCUGAGACAACUGAUUGACAUUUUGCAAGUGAAGUAUUUACUUUAUGGUUUUCAGAUUUUACUAGGACGUUCUGUAAUUUUGCGUUCAAAUACAUUCAAUAGUCUCCA